AUGCAAUCUAUUGUAAAACUUAUUAUGAUAAGUGUUGGUGCAGGAUUAAAAGCUGCAGAUACUUCAGUUUUUGUUUCGACUGACACAAAAAACGUUUAUGAAGAUAAUGAAGGUACUGGUAAAGCAUUUACAACUGCUGUUAUUUGUGAAAAUGCAGCUUGCAUUGUUUUCCCUUGUUAUACAAUUGAUGCUGAGAAAAAUAUGAAUAUAUUAUGGUGUCAACAAGGACGUGAUCAUCUACAAUAUCAUUGUAGCAACAAAGGUUGGAUUACAAAAGAUCUAUUUACUGACUAG